UCCCCUCCCUUCCUGGUCUCCAUCUGCCUCUGGAGGAAGUUAAAGCCCCGUGUAGCCAAGAGAGGAGCUCCCAGUUGCCCAGCCGUGUGCGCUCCCGAGCGGCCCGGCGCUCACCAUGCGGCCCCUCCUCAUGCUAUGGGGCUGCCUCGUGCUCCCAGGUUACGGAUCGGUGGUGGACCCGAAGGAGAUCAGUGGCUUCGAAGGUGACACCGUGUCCCUGCAAUGCACCUAUGAGGAGCAGCUAAAGAAGAACCAGAAGUACUGGUGCCGCGAGGCUGGGCUCUUCAUCUCCCGCUGCACUGGGACUGUCUUCUCUGGAGAAUACGGCCAGGAAGGAAGGGUGUCGGUCCACGACAACCCGCAGGAGAACAGGUUCACGGUCAUCCUGAGGAACCUCACCCUGAAGGACAUGGGGAAGUACUGGUGUGGGGUCAAAAGACUGGGCUUCGAUAAGACUAUGUCAGUCUCUCUGCUUGUCUUUCCAGGGACCUCUCUCCACUCAGCAGCUUCUCCACUUGCAAGGAUCUCUCCUCACCCAGCAACCUCUCCGUAUGCAGGGACCUCUCUCCACUCAGCAACCUCUCCAUUUGCAAGGAUCUCUCCUCACCCAGCAACCUCUCCGUAUGCAGGGACCUCUCUCCACCCAGCAGCUUCUCCAUUUGCAAGGAUCUCUCCUCACCCAGCAACCUCUCCGUACGCAGGGACCUCUCUUCACUCAGCAACCUCUCCUCCUGCAGGGAUCUCCCAGCCAGCCACACAACUGGACUCCACCUCAACACAGGACACCAGUUUUGUCCCCAGCAGCAGCUCCAAGUCCAGGCUCCUUCCCUCUCGCUCACAGGGUGUCCAUCCCACUGAUCCGGAUCUUGGCCCCAGUCCUGGUGCUGCUAGCCCUUCUGCUGGCCACAGGCCUGGCCGCCCUCGGCAACUACAUGUUUCAACGGAGAGAAAAAGUCUCUGCAGGUUCUGACCUCGUGUGAGGACUGACUACAGGGUGGAGUGCGGGCCGGAGCACUUGAACAGGAUGUACCUUGAGGCCCUACACCUACUGCUGUGUCUCUAGAGAUGCUCAGCCCCUUUCAAGGCUUGGCUUCAAAUUCCCAGCUCUGCCGUUUUUUAGCUGUGUGGCCUUGGGCAAGUCACCUAACUUCCUUGAGCCUCAGCUUCCCCAGAUAUAUGGCCUACAGAAAUAGAAUACAAGUCACAUGUGUGGUUUAAAAUUCCCUGACUGAGUAGCAUGGAAACAUAUACACUGCCAUAUGUAAAAUAGAUAGCCAGUGGGAAUUCGCUGUAUGACUCGGGGAAUUCAAACCAGGGCUCUGUGACAACCUAGAGGAGUGGGAUGGAGUGGGAGGUGGGAGCAAGGUUCAAGAGGGAGGGGACAUAUGUGUACCUGAUUCAUGUUGAUGUAUGACAGAAACCAACACAAUAUUGUAUAGCAAUUAUCCUACAAUUAGAAAUAAAUAAAUUUUUUAAGAUUUCCCUAAUAGUCACACACAAUAAAGAAGAAACUAGUGAUGUUAAUUCUAAUAAUAAACUUUAUUUAACAUGAUACAUCCAAAACUUUAUCAUUUCAACAUGGAAUCAAUAUAAAAUACUAAUUAUAUAUAUUCCACAUUCAGUUUUUCAUAUAAAGUCUUUGAAACCCAGUAUAAUUCAAAGUAAUCACAUUUCCAGUGCUCAGUGGCCAUAUGUAGCUCCUGAGGUGGAUGGGACAGAUAAAGAAGGUUUAACUAAAAUAACAGUACUGGGAGACGCCUUGUGCCAGGCACUGUGGUGUGGCUUAUGUUGUUUUUAUCUCCUUUAAUCUCAAUACUGUGGAGUUCGGAACUACUUAUUGCAAAACCUGGGCUUCCCUGGUGGCUCAGCGGUAAAGAAUCCGCCUGCAAUGCAGGAGCUGCAGAAGACAAGAGUUUGAUCCCUGGGUCGAGAAUAUCGCCUAGAGGAGGGCUUGGCAACCCACUGUAAUAUUCUUGCCUGGAGAAUCCCAUGGAUAGAGGAGCCCGGUAGGCUACAGUCCAUAGGGUAGCAAAGAGUCAAGAUAUGACUGAAGCAACUUAGCAUGCACGCAUGCAUUACAAUACCUACAAAUACCCCAUUUUAUAGGGCAAGAAACUGAGGCACAGAGUGGUUAAGCAGUUUGCCCUUGGUAUAGCUGGGAAGCAGUACAGCCAGGAAGCCAAAUUUGCCAACUGGCAAUGUUGUGCCAGUACAAGUGGCCGUGGUGGGAAACGAUGGGCCUGCCACCCACCUCCUCUUUGUGUGGCCCCCAGGAAGAAAUGUCAACUCUGCCCAUGUCCCUAGAUCCCCUCAGAGGAGUUGGGAGGAUCCCACGGGGUGAAAACAUUCCAAUCACAACCUGAGAGCCUUGUAGUCCCUUGCCUCUCAAAUUGCAGUCCCCAGCUGGCAGCAGCGACAUCCCUGGGUAGCCUGUUAGAAAUUCAGGCUUUAGGGCCCCAACCUCAACCUACUGAAUUAGAAUCUGCAUUUUAAUAAAAUUUCCUAUACACACAUUGAGGUUUAAGAAACAAUGACCUGAGCACACAGAAUCACUUCCCUAGCCAGUUUCUGGCGCACACACUGGGAUUUCCAUGUAAUGAUCUCAAAAGUCAGGGUCACUGCCAAGGGGUUGGGCUUCUCUGCCAAAUCUUCUUGCCUGGGAAGCCCCAGGUGCAAGGGGCCGUCCAUCUCUGUGGGAGCAGCUCCCGGCUUCAAGGUGCUCCUUCCUGU